AUGACGACUUUUGCAGCUAUUUGUCUUUGGGUUAUAUUCUUCACUGUUUCUUGGAUAGUUUACACCUACCUCUUUUCCCCUCUUGCUUCUAUCCCCAAUGCCGGAGUUCUAUCACCAAUAUCACGUCUAUUGUGGGAGUUUCCCAUGGAGUAUCGCGGAAGGAUUAGUCUUGUGCUACCUGAACUUCAUAAAAAGCAUGGUCCUUUGGUAAGAAUAGGACCGAACCAAGUCUCUUUUUACUCAUUAGAGGCGUACAAGGCCAUUCAUUCCCCAACAAGCCUCUUUGUCAAGGAUCCAAGAGUGUACAAUCAUUUCGUGCAGGAUGGACACCCAGCACUAUUUUCUAUUAUAGACCCCAAGAAACAUGCAUUACGUCGCCGUAAGAUGGGAAUCUUAUUCAACAGAAGUAAAGUCCCUAGCCAGACACCCAUGAUGCUUGAGAAAAUAUCGGAAUUCUGUACUGUCCUGCAUCACUUAGGUCAGAAAGGGCCGAUCAAUCUAAUAUCUUCGUGCCGUGCCUUGGAGGCUGACAUAUUAACAGCACGAUUUGCGUUCGGCAAUGAAAUUGGCGCAAUUGAGUCAUUAAGACAAUCCGGAGACUUACUGAGUGUUGUGCAUAACAAUGACUUGAAGUCUUCUAUGAUGCCAAUUUGGGCGGAUAAACAACUCCAACCUCUUGUAAAUAAAGAGAUGGCUGCGGGAUGCAACCAUUCCUUUAUGAGUACCAUGGUCAAAUUCCAAAUGCCUCCGCAAUCGGCGCUAUCGGAAGCAAAAGAAAUGCUAGGCCCCGGGACCGAUACUACUUCAUCCACACUCGCACAUAUCCUGUGGGCAUUAUCUGUUCUUCAAUCAUUCCAGAAAGAGCUAGUGCUAGAUUUGACGAAGGCAGGAUGGCCCACUGAGCUGGAUCAACUUGAAGCCAUUCCCAAACUAAAGGCUUGCGUUAAAGAAGGCAUCAGAUGGACCGGUGCCGCGGCGGCCAUGCUCCCUAGAAUCGUACCAUCCGGGGGAUCAAUUGUCGCAGGGAAAAAAAUUCCAGGCGGGACUAUGGUUUGCAGUUCCCCUAUCUGGUAUCUGCGGGAUGAGAAUGCCUUCUCGGAUCCAGAUACCUACCGACCUAGUCGGUGGCUUGACGAUACCAGUGGCCAGUCAACAGCACAACGAGAUGACUACUACAUUCCGUUCUCCAAAGGAUCAUCGACAUGUAUAGGCAUACAUUUCUCAUAUCUAGAGCUUUACCUCUCAUUGAUUCAAAUUUUGAAAAACUUUGUUUUGAAACCCAGCUGUCAUACUUCUACCGAUAUUGACAUCGAACCUAUACUCCCACCACGAUUGGAGUGGGUGGCGGCCGUGCCUAAAUUAAAGAUGGAAAUACAUAUGGAGAGCAGAGUAUACUGA